GGUUUACCUGCAGUCUGGGCAUGGAAAGAAAAGGAAACCAUCACCAACUUUAUGAUCACAAACAGGAAACUCUUUCUUUUCUUUAGUCGAUUAUCAAAAGGUUUGAGUAUUUGCUGUAUUCAGUAGAGCAAUGAGCUGCCAACACAAUCUCUUGCUUUUAUUCCUCUGUGACUUCGCCGCGCUCACUGUCUCAGCACAGACAUGUGGAGAACAAGUGCUAGAAGGAACAUCCUGCAGCAUUUAUGGAAAAACAAGAAACAAUGAAAAAGCUGCAGAUAUCAGAUGGGCCUUUACCUCCAGUAAUGGAAACUCAGCUGAAUGGAAAAAAGGAUCCAGGAGAAAACCUCCAGCAGGAUUAACAAUAGAAGAAGACGGAUCUUUACGAUUUAUAAGUGUUGAUCAGAGUAACACCGGCACAUAUAAAUACAAAGCUUUUAAUGCCAAUGGCCAACAGAUUGGGGAUGAAACUGUGGAACUGAAAGUUUAUGCGAAGACUCCUAAACCUACUGUGAAGCGUGAAUGCACAACUAAUAGCGUAAUACUCAUCUGUGACACUGCAAACUAUAAAGAUCUGAAUAUAUUCUGGUAUGAAGAUGACAAGAUCCUGAAGGAUGAAACAAAACCUUAUCUUACGUUAAUGCGGUCUAAAAUGAAGAAGAACAAAGGGUACUCAUGCAGUGUGCAGUCCUCUCCAGUCAGCAGAGAACAUAGCAACAGAAUUACAGUCUCAAGUAGCAGUCCAGGCCUUUGCUUAGAUUUCUGGGUUAUGCUGAGCAUUUUAGCAGGUGGAGGAGCUCUUCUGCUUCUCCUAUUAUCUGUUCUCAUCUGCUGUGCAUGUCGAAGUUAUGGUCAACACAAGAAGAACCAACCAAGUUUUGAGACCCACUUUGUCUACAGAAAUGAUGAAGAAACAGACUAUGAAACCGUUAAUGUUACGAAACAUAAGAAAGCAACAGCCUGCAACAUCUCAUAG